ACAUCAUCCUGAACAUCUGCAAAGAUGCUGAGAAUCCUCUACUUCACCACUUUGGCAGCACUUGUGCUGGGUCAGUCUGUCGUCCCCUUUAAUCAAGCCGGACAGGGGCAAGGGCAGAACAGAGUGAUUGGUGGUUCAGUAAGCAUUCCCAAUGCUUGGCCCUGGCAGGUCUCACUGCGAGUUCAGAGUGGAACAUGCUACAACCACUACUGUGGAGGAGUGCUGAUCAAAAAGAACUGGGUGCUGACUGCCGCUCAGUGUGUGGAUGGCACUGGGGUGUCCGUUGUUGUCCUUGGUGAUCAUGAUCUGACUCUACCUGAGAGUGGCAAGGAGCAGUACAUUGGAAUCAGUGCCAUCUACAUCCACCCUGGCUGGAAGCGCGAUCUGGCUGCUGGGUAUGACAUUGCCCUGAUCCGUCUGGCCUCCGAUGCCAUCCUAAACUCUUACGUGCAGCUGGCUUCUCUGCCUCCUGUAGACCAGGUCCUCGCUGGCAACACAGCCUGCUAUGUCACCGGCUGGGGAGUCACACAGACUGGUGGUUAUCUCUCUGCUCAGCUGAAACAGGCUUCACUGCCUUCAGUCGACUAUGCUACCUGCAGUAGCAGCACCUGGUGGGGCGCUACUGUCAAAACCAGCAUGAUCUGCGCUGGCGGUGCAGGAACUGCUGCUGGUUGCAAUGGUGAUGGUGGUGGUCCCCUGAACUGUGUGGUUGGUGGCAGGUAUGUAGUCCAUGGACUCACCAGCUUUGUGUCCACUGCUGGUUGCAACACCAUCAGGAAACCCACCGUCUUUACCCGCGUGUCUGCCUACCUCUCCUGGGUGCAGGGUAUCACAGGGUAAAUGGAACAUAA